AUGGGCGGCCCCGAGUACGCGCGGUACAUCCAGCUCUUCCACUCGCUCUGCCGAGGCAGCUGGGCCCUCAGCCGCGCGCAGGCGGAGCCCACCUUCAGCCGCGCAAGGCUCCCAAGGGAAGACAUUGACGCCGUGUGGGCGCUGUGCGACACCGACGGCGACGGCUACCUCGCGCGCAAUGAGUUUGCGGUCGCCCUGCACAUUGCCGCGGCGCGCUACAAGGGCGCGGCGAUGCCGCAGCAGCUACCACCUUCGGGCGGCGGCGGCGGGGACGCCGAGCACGUCCACCGCUCGGGCCUGCUGAGCGCCAACAAGAGCAAGCGGUGGUGCGUGCUGAGCGGAGGCAAGCUCGACGUCUUCGACAAAAAGGCGGAUCAGACCAAGCCACCAAAGAUGAGCCUCGACCUCCGCGCAGACGUCAGCAAAGUGGCGCGGAGCGACCUCAAAUCCUUCAAGCUCGAGCUCCACCCUGGCUCGCGGCAUGCCAAGGCGGCCAAGAGCGCCGGAGGCAGUGCGAGCCUCCUCUUCUCCUCGGACGACAACACGGAGAUCUCGAAGUGGGUGAAUGACCUGACCAAGGUGGUGUCGGGGCUGCAUGGCGGCCACUGA